GUAACAGAGUUGGAAGACGUCAACGACAACGCUAACUCGAGGCACGUGGAGAUUCAACGUUUCGAUACUUCUCGGGAAUUCCCAAGCCUUUCGAAGAAAAACAACGGACCCUCUGUUGGUAGUUUUUGCAUAGAAUUAACGAGAAUUGCCUACGAGACGGUGAGAUAGAAGAAGUCUCUGUGUGAGUCUACUAUCUCCAGACCAUCGUUGAGACCAAUUAUCAACAGCGAUAAGGAGAAAUCCCUCGCUGCAAUUGAGGGAUUUGUUGGUGGAAACAGCAGUUCGUACGGGUGCAAUUCAGGUGGAUGAUCGUCCGGUGUUACAAUAACGUUAAUCUGUUAAGAUCCUUCGUGUUGGUGAAAGAAGAAGAGAAGAAGAUAAGAGAGCUGAGAUAAUAAUUGAAAUUCCGCGGUGAAUCUGGAUAUAAGGUGAGGAGAGAGAAGGAUUUCGGGGGAGAAGCGGAUUCCUCGAGGAUGUGAAUUGCAAGUUGCCGAAAGAUCGAACAUCCUUGUUUAUCUUCGCGCAGAGGAGAACUUAUCCGUAGUCAGGAAGUCGUCAACGUUGUUUCCUUUUUUACCGUCUUUUUGCCUCGAGGAUCUGAAAUUAACGAUCGAGAAUACACAUUCAUCAUGGGGAAAAAUACAAAGGAACAACAAGCGACAGGCAAUCCUAUGCAGGAGUUUAGCAGCAGCACAAAAAUAGCCAGUGUCGUAAUUAGCGAAUACAACGAAAAGGAUGAACUGUAUAAUCCCUUCGAGUACCGUGAGAAGAAAAAUACUAAUUCAGACUUAGGCUCUCUAGCUCACCUACUGAAGUCAUCCCUGGGCACAGGGAUUCUUGCCAUGCCGAACGCGGUUAAGAAUGGCGGACUCGUGGUCGGUGGAAUCGGCACGAUACUAAUCGGAGUGAUAUGCGCGCAUUGUGUCCACAUACUGGUUCGUUCGUCCCACGUGUUGUGCAAACGAUUGAAAAGGCCUCAGAUGACGUACGCCGAGACCGCAGAGGCUGCGUUCCUUUCUGGACCGAAAUCGUUGAGGCCUUUCGCGAACGCCAGUCGAAUAUUCGUGAAUGCCGCGCUAUGCGCAACCUACAUAGGUGGAUCAUGCGUGUACAUAGUCUUCAUAUCGACGUCGAUCAAACAGGUUGCCGAUUAUCGGAGCGGCAUGAAUAUACCAAUUCGCCUGUACAUAGUGACACUUAUCCCCGCUGUGUUGCUGCUGGGUCAGGUGCGAAAUUUGAAGUACAUGGUGCCGUUCUCCAUGGCCGCCAACGCGAGCAUGAUGGCCGGUUUCGCGAUAACCCUUUACUACAUCUUCAACGGGAUCGAAAUGUCACCGGACGUGAGAAUGGUCCCGUACAUCCAGCAUUUUCCCACAUUUCUCGCCACUGUGCUGUUCGCCAUCGAAGGAAUCGGUGUUGUGAUGCCUGUGGAAAACACGAUGCAAAAUCCACAACACUUCCUCGGAUGUCCCGGCGUUCUUAACAUAACAAUGUCGAUAGUAGUAGUAUUGUACGCUGUGUUAGGUGUGUUUGGUUACUUGAAGUACGGAGAGGCAGUUAUGGGCAGUAUUACACUGAACAUACCAAUACAGGAGGAACUGGGACAAGCCGUGAAAAUGCUUAUCGCUUUGGCUGUUCUAUUCACUUAUGGGCUGCAGUGUUUCGUGCCACUGGACAUUAUAUGGAACUCCAUGAAGGACAAGUGUAGCCAUAAGUAUCAAGGCUUGUGUCAAAUAAUGUUGAGGAUAUGCACGGUUCUAUUCACAGUUGGCGUUGCGUUGCUAGUCCCGGAACUUGAGCCAUUUAUCUCUCUGGUCGGUUCAGUAUUCUUCUCCAUACUUGGGGUCACAAUCCCAGCAACGGUGGAAACUAUUUCGUGUUGGGAUGGCCACCUGGGUGCUCACAAAUGGAGACUUUGGAAGAACGGCUUUCUUGUCGUAUUCUCGCUUCUGGCGUUAAUAUUCGGCUCGUGGAUCUCCGUCACAGACAUAAUCGAAUUGUAUCGUUGAGGAUGAAUGAUCUAAAUAGACGUAUAUAACUUAUAUAUACGUGUGCGAACAAAGACUUAUCGUUAGUGUAAAAUAAUGUUUACAGUAUCACCGAGACGUUACAACUCUUUUACACAUUUCUCGAUACUUCGUGCGCGACAAUUUUGACACGUUUAUCGCUAACGCACAAACCGUUUCAU